UUAUUACUCCGUAUUAUAAUUAUUUAAUUAUUAUUAUUAUAUAUGUUGCGUAGUCCGUAUUAUGUGAUUUCUCCCUCCUCUCUCUUCCCUGAUUGCUAGAUUAGCUCGUCGGAGAUUCUCGGAGUCUGGUCUUCUCGUCUCAUUUUCACCCUUUUCCUCUUUUCAAUUUUUUUAUAGAUUUUCUUGAUCAUUUAAAAAAAAUCUGUACUUUGUGGUCAGUUUCAAUUCUAAUCAAAGGCCACCCAGUCUCCGAAUUUUCCAUUUUCUUCUCGUUUAUUUUUCUCUAGAAUUGGGACCAAUUGGUUACUUUUUCUCUGUAGAGCUAGUGGAGAGAGAGGUCUCGGAAUUCCGUCGUCCGGCGCUCACCGGAAAAUUCAGAGCUGCCGGUCGGAGAAUGAGGGGGUUCUGAGGAAGAAGAAAGAGGCAUAGAUUGAGGAGAGAGAGAGAUAUAGAGAGGAAAUUCAUCGCAAAACAUAACUCGUAUAUAAUAUAUUCAUAGAAUACAUGUGGAUAACGUGCAAUGCAGGAAAAAAAUUGAGGAGAGAGAAAGGCAUCGAAGCUUUGGAGGUUCUUGCACGGCACAGAAACCUAGAUCUCUUGUUUAAUCUCCCUUCUUUUGCCUUGCCUUAUGGCGUAAUUUAUUCUAAUUUUUUCUCCCCCUGAAUUUCUUAAGCCUCACUCCCUUGCCAUCCUAUAUAAUCUCCUUUGCUGUUGUAUCUCUUUCUAUCUGUAACUUUUUGUUUGAAAUUCUUCUUCUGCCUUCCCUCUGAUUUUUUUUGUUCUCAGAGAUGGUUCUCAAAUUCUAAAAAAGAUUGCCUAAUUCGUUCUCUGGUGGAAUCAAAAGGUGCAACUUUGUAAUCGUUUUUGUAGUGCCUUCUAUUCCAUUUUGCAAAAUGCCAUCCCAAAUGGUGGAUCCCCAUAGUUUGUCUCCAAGGUCCUUCUUCUCUGAGGAGUUAUGCUUUCAUAAUGAGAUGCCGGUUUCGUAUUGGAAGUCAGAUGGCCUGCCCAAUUAUCAUGGUCUGAAAAGGGAUGAAACAGUCAGAGGUGGUGGACCUUCUUCACCCUGCAUGAACCAGUUCUCCAUCAGUUCUCAGAUGGCUAAGGGAUUUGGUGUUCAUGAUCCUGAAAUAAGCCCGGAGCAGAAAGUAAACUCAAUUAUACAAAAGCAUGCAAUUGGGCAUCAAAAAGUUGCCAGUUACUCUUUGCCAAGAACUCUUAAUAGUGAUAUAGGCACAAGAUCUAUGUUAAAUACAGAAUCUGCAUUUUAUUCAGUCGAAGGUGACAAAGUGACCUCAAUGGGGAUUCAACAUGAAAAUGGUCUUUUUUCUAGCUCAUUAUCGGAGUUGUUUAGUAAAAACAUGCGACUUUCGAUGAGCAAUUUUCCCCAUGGAAACUCCGUUGGUGCAGCAGAAGAACCACACUGUGAGGGAAAAGAGGAACCUUUGGAAUCCCUUGAAGAACUUGAGGCUCACACUAUUGGCAAUCUUCUCCCUGAUGAUGACGAUUUGCUUUCUGGAGUUACAGAUGGGAUGGACUGUUUUCACCAAGCUGCGGAUGAUAUAGAGGAUUUAGACCUAUUUAGCAGUGUUGGUGGGAUGGAGCUAGGCGAAGAUGGUUCUCAUCGAAUUGGUGGCAUCAAAUCUAGCACGGGGGUUAUUGGGACAAAUACAGCUGUGAAGUUGCCAGUUGGAUCAUCUUGCACAACAUAUAUGGACAAAGCUUUCAGCCAUGGGGUAUCAUCAAUGAGUGGUCUGGGUCAAAUGAACAAUGAGUUUAGGGGAUCACCGAAUCGCUACUCUCAUUCUAUUCCAAAAUAUCAUGAUGGCGGUUUGACCAAUUUAAUUCCCUCCAAUUCUCCAGGAGGCAUUGCCACUACAAAUAUGAAAGCCAGGUCAUCUGAGUUGAUUAAUAGCCAUCAGUAUUGUAGACUUGGCUCAAAUGGGCAUUCAGUUGAAUUGAAUGAAAAUGUUUUUUGUCCCCCUGGUAAUGGCCUUUGUCCGACCCCCGGGAAUCCAUAUGCAUGGAGCAGCUCACCCCAGCGACAAGCCCAAAGGGUGAUGUGGCCAAACUCACCGUCAUAUGUUACUGGAUUUAGUCCUGCUGCUGCACACCUCCACCCACAGCUACAUGGAGCACCACCAUCUCAUUUGCUGAGUGGACGACUUGUACCUGCAGUAAACAACCACCACCACCACGUAGGGUCAGCACCAUCACUCAAUCCUUCUCUCUGGGAUAGAAGGAAUGCUUAUGCAGGAGAAUCCCCCGAUGCAUCCGCUUUCCACCCAGUUGGUUCUCUUGGCAGUUUGCGGAUAUCUGGUAACUCACCCCAGCAGUCUUUAGAGUUUGUUCCUCAUCAAAGUAUCUUCUCUGCCGGAGGAGGCGGAAUGCCUUCCAAAAAUGUUGUUGGGUUACACUCGCCUCAUCAGAGGUGUAUGAUAUUUCCAUCAAGAGGCCAAAUGAUUCCUAUGAUGAAUACACCAUUCGAUUCUCCUAAUGGAAGGGCGAGAAGCAGGAGAAGCGAAGGCACUUUGAGUCAAACUGAAAACAAGAAACAAUUUGAGCUUGACAUUGACCGAAUUUUGCGUGGGGAGGAUAAGAGGACAACAUUAAUGAUAAAGAACAUUCCUAACAAAUACACCUCAAAGAUGCUUCUGUCUGCAAUUGAUGAACGCCACAGAGGAAGUUAUGAUUUUAUCUAUUUGCCUAUUGAUUUUAAGAACAAAUGCAAUGUCGGUUAUGCAUUCAUCAAUAUGACUGAUCCUUCCCUGAUAAUUCCAUUUCAUCACUCAUUUAAUGGAAAAAAGUGGGAGAAAUUCAACAGUGAAAAGGUGGCAACACUUGCAUAUGCACGCAUUCAGGGAAAAGCUGCCCUAAUCGCCCACUUCCAGAAUUCUAGCUUGAUGAAUGAAGAUAAGCGAUGUAGGCCCAUACUUUUUCAUACAGAUGGCCCCAAUGCUGGUGAUCAGGUUCCCUUUCCCAUGGGUGUUAAUGGAAGGUCAAGACCGGGGAAAGGCAGAAUCGGCACAAUCGAAGACAGCCAAGAAAGUAGUAAUGCGGAGUUGGGUAGAGAUCCAUUGUCCAUUUCCUUGGAAGAAUCGAUCUAAAACACCACUUUCAUUUUUGUUGGCAACUAACCCUUUAGGAAUGAGGAGGUAUGAAGGUACGUGGGCUACAAAUAUUAUCUAUCCACCCACCCAAUUUUCUUUCAUGUAUUCUAUCUGAUCACGACUGGUCGAGGAAAAGAGGGAAAGGAAGAGGAUAUAUAGUACCCACUUCAUAUUAUCUGUUUCUUUGCCGACGACGUGAAACCAAUGGUGACCCUUAUGUUUCUACUGAUGAGAUCCCUACCUAGGAGCAGCAGUUGAGCUUCAAAAGUUUUGGAGAUUUUAGAAGUACUAAUUGCUUAUGUGUCUAUGUGUACAGUGGGGUGGUGAUGGGGGUUGUACAUGUUAUGUUGAGUGAGAAUUGCUGUGUAAGGUUGGUUUUGACUUUAUUGUGCUGCCUAACCUUUGGCAUUUUCGCUUUUUUCUCACGGUUCAUACUGCGCUGCAGUCUACCAAGAGAAGCCGCCAGAGAAUGUUGUUUCUUUUGUUCUGUUACCAUUAUUCGCAAUCUGAAAAGAAUACAUUUUUCUUUGCUGUUCUUAGUUUUGCCCCAUUUUGUUUUGAAUGAACUCAUACGUGGCUACCA